GGGUUCACGCAGGCGGGAGCUGUCACUGAGGUGAGUGCGGGCCGGCGACAUCAACCUAGAGAUCUUCUACAUAACAAUAGAUAUUAGAUCCCUGAUAAUAUGUAAAAUGAAAAUCCGUAACAGUACUCCAAAAUCCAGCACAAUUUUGUGAAUAUGACAACAGACAUCAAAAUGGAGACUAAAGUUCCAAUAGUACGAUUCAUCCGAGGACCUGGAGAUGGAAUGGAAACUGAAGUGCCAGCCAAACCAGUGGAAAAUACAUCAGGAAAAAAGAAAAAAGGUCAUCAUGCUGCACGAACUAAUGUAACAUCCAGUUCUUCUCACGUUAUCACGAAGCCUGGCAUUCUUCAACUUGGAAAAAUUCAGCCAAACCAAGCAAUUGAAGUAGAAGCCAUUAGGAUUUUGGUUCCCAAAGCUGCUGUGAUUCAUGAACUUCCUGCAAAGAGUAUAAUGCUAACUGACCCUGCAUAUUCCAAUAAAGGUGAAUUGUCAAAUCAGUUAGAAAAUACAAUUGAACUCAAGAGAGAGUUGACCGAACUUAAAGCUGCCUUUGAAAAAUCUCAGUGUUCAGAAAGAAAACUCCUUCAGGAUAAAGGAGGGCUUGCCAAUCAAAUCCGGGUACAAACGGAGGUGAAUCGCGAAUUGAAGAAGUUGCUUGUGGCGUCUGUUGGUGAUGAUCUUCAGUAUCACUUUGAGCGCAUGGCUCGAGAAAAGAAUCACCUAAUCCUAGAAAAUGAGACUUUGAGUCAAAACCUGUCUCAACUUUCCGAGCAGCUGGAGAGGAUGACCAUACAAUGUGAUGUGUGGCGCAGCAAAUUCCUCGCAAGCAGAGUAAUGGCCGAUGAGUUGUCCCAUUCCAGGAUGUCAUUGCAACGUAACGUCAGAGAAACCCAAAGUGCCAUUCAGGACCUUCUCAACGAGCGUGAGCAAUUUCGUCAGGAUAUGGUUGACUCCCACAGAUUCCUGGAGGAGCUCUUGGUAUCACUGCAGUGGGGCCGGCAACAAACCUACUACCCUAGUGCCCAACCAUUCACCACGGCAGAGCUAGCAUCCGCCAAUCAUAAAUUAGCCGAGGCUGUAAACUGUCACCUUCUAGGAAAACUAAGUAUAAGUAAUGCACAAAAGACAAACCAACAGAUUGAAUUCUGCAACACACCUGCGGAAAAAAUGGCUGAAAAGGUUUUAAAGAUUUUGGAUCUUACGGCAUGUAGUAAAGGAACAGCUGAUCUGCCAUUCUGUGAUACAUCCCCGGCUUCAUUUCUCGCCAACAAAAAGAGUAUUGGACGAUUUCAUCCAUAUACCAGAUAUGAAAAUAUUACAUUUAAUUGUUGCAACCAUUGUACGGGAGAAUUGACAGUCCUGUGAAGUAGCUUUUUAAUGAAGAGAAUGGAUUUAGGAAACAAUGGUCACUAUUGUUACAUUUUCUUGUUACCUACUUAAGUACUUUGAAGCCAUCAAACUUAGUUAUUUGUUUAAAAAGAGCUUAAUUGCAAGUAUUACCUAUAUUGAAGAUGGGUAUGUGUGGAUUCUAAGAAGCACAGAAAUAUAUUCCACCUUAUUCUCAUUCUUAAAUUUUCUGCAUUACCUGAACCUUGGACUUCAGGUUCAUGGAAUUAAAAUGUAAAGCUAUGUAUUUAUUUUUGAUGUCUAUUUUUGUAGUCAGAAGAACGUGGAUACAAGCAGUAUUUCUUGGCACAGUUGUCGCAGAGAUGAUAAUGUUCUUAAUUCAAACCUAGUAACCUGAGUUCCAACUAUGGCAAUGCAUUUCCUAAGAGGUUCCUUAUGAAUCAAAUGAAUCUUCGAUUUUGUAGUGAAAUAUGUGUAUGUUUCUGAUAAAUUCUUGCAAGCUGCUAUAUUAUUUGUGUCCAUCGAUUUUUUAAAUGUAAUGUACUAUUAUAAUGUUUGAGUUAUUUGACCAACCAAACCCCAAUGUCAAAUAUAAGGGACUAUGUUUCAUUGAUCAAUAAUCAUAUAAUAAUUAUUGUUUGGAAUGGUGUUUUUAUCAACAUGAUUUUGAGAGAAAUUCAAUUGUCACUAUUUUCUUAGCUGGUACAGAUCGUGACAGUGUUUCUAUUGAAUUCUUAAAUCAGUUUGGCUCCAAGCAGAUUCUAAAAAAUCAUGUCGAUAUAAUCAGUUUAAUUUGCUUUAUUUUGCUUAAAGGAAAUGAUAAGUUGAAUAUAGAUCACUUCUUCUUCUUCUUGCAUAUGGCGUGCACAGCCUAAAGUUGUAGGACAACUUGUUCUAUUUGAUCUUAUUUGAUUGUGCACACCGGGUUGAUUGCAUUUGUCGAAACAGGGCGGACCACGUGAAGGUUGCAAUCUCCCACCCCGAAUAUAGAUCACCAUUCACAUCUGUAAAUGUGAAUGGUGAUCUAUAUUUUGAACAUCUUAAUGUGCUUCAUCACUUUAUUCAACACAAGGUCAGCAAGGUUAUGUGUACCAAGAUACAGUGCAAAUAAUGCCGUAUGUUGGGCAGUACCAAGGAUAAUAUAAAUAAGAGAAUAUAGCGUUAAAACUGCAGAGGAAGUGCAGAAUAAAAAACGCAAUAAUCAUGACAAGGUAGAUUGGAAGAUCAGGAAUUCAUCCCUAACAUGCCAGAGGUCCAUUCUGGAGUAACAUAAUGGCAGGAAAGAAACUGUUCUUGAAUCUGAUAGUAUGUGCUUUCAAGCUAUUUUAUUUUCUGCCCACUGGGAGAAAGGAUAAGAGAGAAUGACUGGGGUAUGGGUGGUCCUUGAUUAUGCUGGCUGUUUUCCCAUUUAUGCAAUGGACUGGAUUGCAUGCACAACUCUGCAAUUUCUUGCAGUCUUGGGCAGCACAGUUGCCAUAUCAAGCUGAAGUGCAUCCUAAUAGGAUGCUUUCUAUGGUGCAUCAGUAAAAAAUUAAUGAUGAUGAUACUUUAUUGUCACAUGUACCUUCGUAAAGUGAAAUUCUUUGUUUUGCAUACAAUCCAGUAAAGAAAUUACUAUAGAUGAGCAUAAUCAAAGAUAAGUACAAAAGUGCAAUGAUUAUAAUGUAUUAGUACACUUCACCGAGAUAGUACAGAAAGAGUUGCCAUGUUUCAGACUCUCACAAAGUUUCAAAGUUCUUAAGAAUGCAGUCUUAUCUUGGCCUUAAAGGCCCGUUGUCCUGGAGGCACCGAUCCCCUCCUCCAUCCUCCUUCAUCUUGAAAAACAGACCUUUUUCCAGCGUCCGCUGCUGUCGCCGGCCGAUUCUCUCCACCCUCCUAUCCGGUUCCCUAUCUUUGAGGUUAAGCAGAAGUCAAGCCUCAGACAACUGUAGAUAGGUUCCCGGUUCAGCAUUGGGCGAGCCAGGGCUGCUGUCGAGGUAUGACCGGAGCUUGCCGAGAGCUUCUGCCGCCUGCGCAGCUCGCUGGUAGCUUUAAUAAGAGUCAAUGGAGACAUGCUGAAUUUCCUUAGCCUCCUUAACAAGCGUUUAUAUGCUUAUUUCGACAUAGCUUGCUUCGUUACCACAUUGACGCUAAAAUAAUCUGGCCUUUUGCCAAAGAAUGUAUUAAUUGAUACUAGAGCUAGAUGGUUAGAAUCUAUUCUGAAUAGAUUGGUGUUCUUCAAGCACUUUGGCAGUUUUCAAUUUCUUUAAAACUCUGUACCACUGAUGCAUUGAUUUUGGCAAUCAAAUUAUGAAUUGUCGGUCUGAUUAAGUAAUUUGGUAAUUAAGUGAUUUAAUGUUUAAAUUCUUGGCAUCAAAUCUGCAACUAAAUCUGUGCAUUAUUCAAAUUUAGAUCCAGGUGCUCGCCAGAGGAAACCUAGAUUUUACAGUCAAUCAGAUCAUUCAUGACUAAUCAAUUGCCUGAAGGAUAAUUCAUGUUCAUACAUUAAAAUUUGGGGAUGUUUUGACACAAUUUAGUAAGAAACAAAAUUUAUCCAAAAUUGUUUCUACUUGCCCACACAUCCCUUGUAGUUGAGAAAACAACUGCCAGGUGUGUUGCUUUUAAUGGUGUUUAACGGUGUUGCUUUUAUUGGUGUUUAAAUUUUUUGGUCUAAGCCUAGGUUUAGAAAUAAAUCCUUUUACAAAUAAUUUUCUGGCAAACUAACGAUUUUGGUCACAGUUUCCUUUUGUCUGGAAAAAUAGUUGAAAAGGCAGAGAGGUAAUCUUUAAUUUGCUUGCAAAAUUGUUGAACAAUGCUUG